GGACAUGUUUGGAUCUUAUGAAUAUGAUAACUUCAGAUCUCCUAUAGCUGCAAUGGAAUACAUGUUUGAUAAUUAUGAGAUUCUACACUUAAAUGGAUUACCAUUUGAAUGGAGACUCAACAAAGAACCCAUAAUUUAUAUGGGAUGCCCUUCUACGAGCAGGUGACACCACAUUUUCAACAAUAAGGACAUAAUAUAGAUUAAUCUGGCAUUUCUGAAGGAUGCCCUGCGCCGUCGGAUUCAUCGAGUCGGUGUGCGUCGCGGAUCCGUCUUCUGUAUCCAUCCCCGAAAAAGCCGACGCUGAUGCAACUCGCCCUUUCGUCAAGUUACGCUUCGAUUCGGCGGGAGCACGUAGUGCAUCGCCGCGCCACUAGAGUGCGCGCGCCGAUUCGUCUGCCGGCCGCCAUUGGUAGGUAGGCGUGUCAUAGCUGACAGAUCAUUCAUCUGGACCCCACUCUACCCUUCGAGCCGCGUGAUUGACAGUUGGCAGACGACUGCGGUACGCGCAGCACCUUCGUACGCGCUCCGGAACAUCAAGACGGCGCUGACGACAGCUGAAAACAACUGACGAACGACGACCCCAUGAACAGCGCGGUGGAAAUUUUGUGACAGUGCAGUGGAUCGGGUAGUGGCAGAAAUAUUGAAUAAGUGUUAAUAUAGUGCGCGACAAAGUGUAGGGAAAACUUGAAAACUGCAGUGUGCAGUACAUGGCUCAGCCACGGGUGUAACUUUUUUUAAUAAGGCCCAACAGUGAUCAAAAUUCGAGUCAUGGAUGUUCUUCAAAAAAACUACGACGAUGGUAUCCAUCCGGGGUACAUGGACGGCGCGGCGGGGGGCAUGUACGAACCACACGUUGCCCAUCGACCUAGUUUACCAGGUCUUCAUCACUCCCCCCAUUUGAAUCACGCUAUGCACCCUUAUCACUCGAACCAUGUUAACCCCACGGCGAACCACGUCAUGGGUGGAGCCGUACCUGAUGUCGGGAAAAGAGACAAGGACGCGAUCUACGGACAUCCGUUAUUUCCUUUAUUGGCUUUAAUUUUCGAAAAAUGUGAAUUAGCAACAUGUACGCCUAGAGAACCUGGUGUUGCGGGGGGUGACGUGUGCUCCUCUGAAUCGUUUAAUGAAGAUAUAGCUGUUUUUUCUAAACAGAUACGACAAGAAAAACCAUAUUAUAUAGCAGAUCCAGAAGUUGACUCAUUAAUGGUACAGGCAAUUCAAGUGCUACGGUUUCAUCUCUUGGAAUUAGAAAAGGUUCAUGAAUUAUGUGACAAUUUCUGUCAUCGGUAUAUAAGUUGUCUGAAGGGUAAAAUGCCCAUAGACUUGGUGAUAGACGAAAGGGACGGCGGUAAACCUCCCGAAUUGACGGGUUCUACCAACGGAGAUGGUGGCACUAGAAGCAAUGCGGAUUCAACAUCUCAUACGGACGGUGCGAGUACUCCAGACGUCGUACAUUCAUAUAAAGAAGAGAAAAAAAUGUAUAUGGAACAGAGACCACCAUCGUCGUCGUUAUCAUACGGGGGUCCGGUCAACGAUGACGUCAGAUCUCCCGGUACGCCUGGACCUCUAUCACAACCACCCGCAUCGCAGCAAAGUCUGGACGCUUCGGAUCCUGAUGCUAUGGGUAAAUGGUGUCCGCGACGAGAAUGGUCCUCACCUACGGACGCCAGGGCGGCCAGUGACGCAGCGCGUAGAGGUGUCCUUUAUUCUUCCGUCUUCCUCGGUAGUCCCGGUGAAGCGAGUAAUGCGAGUAUCGGUAGCGGGGAGGGUACAGGAGAGGAGGACGACGACACGAACGGAAAGAAAAAUCAAAAAAAGAGAGGCAUUUUUCCCAAAGUAGCAACAAAUAUUCUCAGAGCGUGGUUAUUUCAACAUUUAACGCAUCCUUACCCUUCGGAGGACCAGAAAAAACAACUAGCACAGGAUACUGGCCUUACGAUACUACAAGUUAAUAAUUGGUUCAUCAACGCGCGGCGGAGAAUCGUACAGCCUAUGAUCGACCAAUCGAAUCGAGCUGUGUUUUCACCGCACGCCGGACCCAGUGGUGCGUACAGUCCAGAUGGUACCAUGGGCUACAUGAUGGACGGACAGCAAAUGAUACAUCGGCCGCCUGGUGAUCCAGCUUUCCAUAAUCAAUAUGCCCAUUAUCCUGAAUACUACGGACAUCAUCUGUGAGGUUCUCUCCUAGUGUAACAACGACAAUGGACAUAGAAAUAUGCAACUUUUAAAUGUGAUUAUUCUUUGUACAAAGUGUAAAUGUAGUGCCCCAGUGUUUGUUAAAAAUUAAUAAAAAGAAGAAUAAAUAAAUGGGAAGAACUUGUACAAAAAGUAUUAGACUAAAAAUUCGUGCUGACUGCUGUACAUAGAUAGUGGUGAACGUGUGGGUCGCCCCGGAAGUGGUUACUCACCCUGUAUACAUAUAUAUAAAUAUACACUGCACCGUCAGUUAUAAAGUAAAACAAUGGACAACCGCAAAACGUGUAAAGUCAUGUGGUCUCGUAGCUUUUAGGUUCCUCAGUGUGUUACCUAAAAAAAAUAUACCCUCGUCCUGACCCCCCGAUCAGCCAACUUUCCCAUACCCCCUUCCUCUAACGUCCUAUCAUAUCCUUCAUCCGAAGAAAAUGGUUCAUAUUGCUCCGCAAACAGGUUCUACAUGUAUUUGAUCCGUUUCACUGGUUACGAAGCUCUAAAAAAAAUUCAGUCCUAAUUGUAUGGGUUAAACAAUUUUCUUAUUAACGGGCGUAAGUUCAUUCCACUUUCGAUUAGAAAAAAAUUGUGAUUUGUGACAUAUUUUUUGUUGGCUUUCAAUUAAACAACUUUUUAUUGCUUCCACGUAAAUCUCUCUACAAAUGGUACUAUUAUUCGUUCUCAAAUAUUAAUAAGCAAAAUAAUAUUAAAACAAUAAUUCACUUUUAAACAAAAUAGCUUCACAAAUAACUUCACUCUUUAAAAAAUGCGUCAACAUCAAAUGAACAGUCGUAGAAAAAAUAUAGUAUAUAUAUAUAACUAUUAAUUUCCAACAGUUGUGAGCAUUACCAUAGAAAAUAUGAUUGUUUCAAUGAAAAUAGCCCUAAAAAAAUUGUCAAAAACGCUUUUUUUGAUCCAACAUAAUCCAAAGUGUUUUAAAUGAAGCCUGUAUUAAUUUAGGAAAAUUGUAAAUUAACAUCUUGAAUUCGAUAUGAAAAUGUCAUUAGGACUUGUCUAUUUAGAGCGUUCAGAUGUGCAUGAUUAGUAGUGCUGCUAUACGAAUUUUAUACUAAAAAAAUCAUACUUGAAAGUAUAAAAAAUUUGUACAUUGAUAUUUAAUAAAUGUUAUAAAAUGUUUAGGUACUGCUUCAUUCUUUACUAAAAAAAGUACUACUACUGAUCAUUUAUUUCCAACCUGUAGCGGAUCAACAAAAAAUGAUUGUAUACAAAAAGUACUAUUCGUACAAAAUUUUAAUAAGGUUGUGCUGUUGUAAAAUAGUUGUUAUAUCUGUUGUGAUCAUUUUUUUGCUAAAUGAGAAAUCAAUUUUUGAAACAAUCGUAUCAAAAUACACAAUUACAUAAUAUCAAAAACAAACUAGUCACUAGGAAUAAUUUGAUAUUUAUGUCUUUUUCUUGGAACCUAGCUCAUUAAAUCUAAAGUAAAACUAUCAGACGAAAUCUUCAUAUUUACAUUAAAUUUUGUAUUGUCUUCUGUUUUUCUAUAAACUAUUACAUUCUUUUAAAUGAGAUUUUAUGAAUGGUUGAUCAAAAACUUCCGAAAUAAAAGAUCAAUUUUAUUAUUGAAUGCUGAUGAGACCCAAAAAACUGGAAAAUUACGAAUUAUGAAUUGUUUUUAGCUCUUAGUACAGUCGUUAGGAAUUUUUACUUGGAAAGUUUUCAACUUUGCCACCUCGUAUAUUUGCUGCUCGCGCCGCCACCGCAUUAUACAGGGAUAUCAUACUUAUACAAAUAAUUGUAAAGAAAAUUUUCUACAAUUUAUGUCAUUACCUUUUUUUUCUAAAAUAAAUAGUUCAACACACAUUUCUGCAGAAGUACUAAUUUCCACACAACCAUGAAGUAGAGAAAGCGGCGUGUUUUUUAUCGUGGUAUCCCCAGUAAGUCUAAUCCACAUCUAACUCACUAUUUCCAAAUUUAGUUCAAUCUCCGUCGCUUCAUUAUUGUUGACGGACCAGGUGUUUCUUCUGCAUCAUCGGCGAUGGGAUCAUCAGUUUCAUCGCGGUCCUCUUCAUUCUCGAUGUCGUCGUUUAUUUGUUCGAGAAUAGUGUCCGUUUCUUCUUCUUUACUAAUAUCUUGUGAUGGAAAUUGCGAAUUAUCACAAGAACCACUACAGUUCGUGCACACAACGGAGCACUGCCUUUUUGCAUCCUGAAGCUUUUUGACCACCUUUCUUGCAUUUGCAAGCUUUCCGAAGCAGGGGCUUGAAUCUAGUAGCAUCAAUGAACCCGUUCUUGUCCUUUUUCCAUCCCAAUUGUUCUACAUUUUGUGCGUUCCCAUGCCACUGCUGAACCUGGUGCUAAGUUCGAAACGAAUGUUGUCGUGCUGUUGCUUUUCUUAUUAAAUAUUAAAUUUACUUCUAGAAGCUGAUGAAUAACUUAUAAUUAUUUAAAAAUGUACUUUUAAGACUUUCCAUAUCACUGUAACUGUAUAAUUCGAUGAAGAAACUCUCUCCAGCUUUAGCAUCGACUUUUGUAUCAUUAUUAGGAUUUUUAAAUACAUCGAUAACCUAGUUAUGACAUAAAUUGUUGGAAAUUUUCUCUGCAUUCAUUUUGUAUGGAUAUGUUUUUCCUGUAAAAUGCAUCGGGUAGGAGUUAUUGUCAAAAAAUUGCAUUUACGCGCCAUUUUCUCAAUAUGUUGGCGCGAGCGGAAAAGAUACGAGAUGACAAAGUUAAAAUUCGGAAAGAGCACGUCAAAAUCUAGACAAUUGCAAUUUUCAAAACUCCAACUUUUCGGGUAACCUCUAAUUUUUCAACCAUAAUGACUGUACAUACUAUCUAUUUUAUGAUAACAAAAAAUUUACGAUCAUUAAAUAGUAACAUUACAAUUCUUAACACAAACAUUUACUUUGUAUCAGUUUAAAAUACCGAUACAAACAUGUUUAUGUCCAAAUAUAUCCAAAUUUCAAGGAACCAAGAACUACCUCUGAGAUAGUAGGUUAAUAUUCAUAUCUAUAUGAAUCAAAAACUUUUGUAGUAGAAGAUCGGCUUUAUUAAAUCAUGAAGAGCUCCAAAUAGCUCAAAAAUUAGAAAGAAUGUAUAAAAACGUACAAUUUUCCAACAUUAGAUGCAACAUCCCAAUUAUUUUUAACAAAUUGAUUACUUAUUCUGUUAAAUAUAAAGCGAUGCUUACUCGAAUUUUGAUUCUUGACAAAUAUAUCAACAAUUGCUUGUUUUUAAGGUAUUUUUCAGGUUAUUCUAUUGACUAGAUUUCAAAGUGCUAAGUUAGUACUUACAUUUUAAAUUUCAAUUUAACGAUUGUUUCAAAAAAAGACUUUUUCCUUCCUUUAUAGCCCCAAUUAAUAUAUUAUACGAUAUACGUAAUUUUACCUAGAUUCAAAACUAACCUUAUCUAGGACUUAUCAAAUACACAAGUAUACAGAAUGUCGCAAUGUUAACUCAGGUGGUAUUUGGCUGAUAAAUUUAUGCAGGAAGUUCUUGAAUACUUUUUUUAGAUGAAUAUCAAAAUUUUUAAAUUUCAAUUAGAUUAUGCAUUUUCAAUGACUUUCUGUAUAAUAAUAGUACUUACCUUUUUUUCUUGAAUUUGUUUGGGUUCACAUUCAAAGUGACUAGAUAUUUUAAAAUAACGAAAACAGUACAGGGUGUUUUACUAUCAUGUAAUUCAUUUGAAGGGAAUAUAAGUAGUGAUGUAGCCAAUUUUUACCAAUAUAACUCAUUUAUAUUACUUACUGACUGCAGUGUGUUAAAUCACUUGUAUUAUUUUUAAAUUUAUUAUAAAUGAAAAUUUGUUGUAGGUAAUUUUUAUUUUAAAUAUGCGGAAAUAUAAAUUGGAUUUAAGUAAAUAACAUACUUAAUACCCAAAUGACACAAAAUUAUUUAAAAUAAUAUAAAGAUUAGUUAAAAAACAUUUUUGAUCAACCAAACGAAAAACAAAUCGAGAAAUUCUCUAAAUUUAAUUUCAUAUUUCAUCUGUCAUCUUUUUACUACGAAUUUGUGAUCAAAUGAUCCUCUACUUGCCACAAAACAACCAAUUAUAAGGGAAUAGUGAGUAAAUCAGACCCGAUACCUUGGUUAAUCCAAAACUAGAACUUUUAUACUAGAACUUGUAUUUUUAGAAGGUCCUUGUAAUAUGAUCGAUAUUUUCUUAUACUUGGAGUAAACUAAAUCUCUAAUUGUAUCAAUUUUUUUAAUAGUUUUUAUAUAAAUGCAAACAAACAUCGAAAGUACAUAAGUACACAUAAAAUUUCCUCGUCUUCAAUUUUUUAAUCUGGUUAAUUUUUUGAAUACCUAGUAGUAACGUUCAAGAAGUAAUUUUAGGGCGUAAUUGAUUUCUCUCCUCUAUGUUUUAUCUUAUACUAGUUAUUUUAUUCACCUGAUUUAAGGUGAAGUGAUUUUUAAAAAUUCAUUUAGAGAUUUAGUGUAAUAAAAAAAAUGAUAUAUAGACCUGCAAAUUGGGAGUUUCUAGUAUGAUUCUUUGUUUUAAAGAACUCUUUCACUCAUAAUAUUGCUUUUGAGAUGCUUAUUUUAUACUUAAAUUUAUUUUCUUCGAGCGUCAAAACCUAUUAGAGCUUCCUUUUACGUAAUCCAUAUCAUUCUAGAGAGGACAUAGUAAAAGCUGUCAAAACUAAAUAUAAAUAAAGAAAAUGAAAUAGUUAAAAAAUAGAUAUAAAUCAUUUUUUUUUUCCCUUCCGGAUCUGCUAUCUCCAUUAACUUGGUCUAUCCACUUUAUUCUCUGUUUACCUCUUAUUCUGAUGAUACUGCUUGCAAAUUUGUCCGAAUUCAAUUAUUUUGGCGAUAUAUGUACGUACUAACUUCGUUAUUUUUUAUUUAUUUUGUUUAUUAUUGGAUUUUUUAUACAUACUUUCGCUAUUCUGUUUAAGAACUUCAUUUUAUUGGUCUUCCUCCUUCUUUCUUUCAUUUGUAUAUAUCACUAUCGUUAUCGUUAUUGUAUUAUGCAUCUUUUCAUUUCAAUAUCUGUUCCCGUUCGGUCUUGUUUAGUGUCUAGUAGAGUCUCGUUUAUUUUUAUUAUUUGUUAUUUAUCAUCCGAACCUUCCUAGAUCUUUAUAAGCAGUUACUCUUUCCAGUGAUUCGCCUUGCAUUUGAUUCCAUUUAUAUAUUCAUCUUUUAGUUUAUACUUAAUGAUCUUCACUUCUUUUUUAUUAAUGUUCUAGUAGAUAAUUUAUUUUUGCAGGUAUCAGAAUGUUGUCUUUAACUGUUUUAUAAUUCUGGACUUAUGCUUUGUUUCAUUCUUCUUCAUAUAUCCAAAUUCCAUUCCUGUAUUUUAGCCUUUACUGUUUUUUUUCUGAUUGCUCCUUUUAGUCCAAUUCAUUUCCAUAUUUCUGCCCUUUUUAUAGUGUCGAAGGCUACUAUCUCUUAACGUCUUUUCCAGUAUUUAACUCUAUAGUUUGUACUAAACAUAUCAAUGGUCUUUGUUUUAAAUAUUGAUAUUAUCCAGCAAUCUUUCCAGUUUCUCGAUAGUUUUUUUUUUCUUUUCAAAUAACCCAAUAUAAAUAAUUUAAAAUUUAUCGAUGUUUAUUGCAUAGGAUAUUCCUUUAAUUGAAUUUAAAAGAAUAUUUUAUAUCCAAUAAUUAACAAAACCGCUUCCAUUAAAUAUCCUUGUUUUUCAAUAAUAUAUUUUAUGAAAUUAAUAAAAAAAUCAGCAGCUAUGUCCCUAGGUCUUGUUAAUUUGGAUAAUUGAGGAAUAUAAGAAAAAAUCUACUCACAAAUGCCCUGAUAAAUGGUUUAAUAUUCCUCAAACUAGAAACCCCCUUGUACAUUUAACUUUAUGUUGUUGUUUAUUGUUGUUUCUAAGGAUAUCUAGUUUGAGAUUUCUCUUUUAAUUUAUAAAACAAAAUUAACGAACUCUACGUCUUUUCGCUAAAUACAAACGUAUACGAACUUAGUGAUGUUAUGUAGGCUAAUCUUAUUAUUAUAAUUAUUAUCGGAUACUAUAUUGCGAGCAGGCGUAAAGUAACACAUUUUUAUCGGGGUUUUGAAGUUUGUUUCUGAAAUAUAGGGUGUUGUGGUGCAAUAGAACCUGUAAACAUUUGUUGUAAAAACGUUUUUCACUUAAAUAGAUUAGUAAAUCACCCUAUUGUUGAUUAAACGCGUCGGUAUUUUUUUUUUUUUUUUGUAAAACCAUCGAAUCGACAAAAUUUAUCAGCGGUGAUUAAAAUUUAAGAAACAAACUUGAUGACUUUCUAGAUUAUAAAAUCUAACUUAAAUGUUUAUCUUUUACAUAUUUUUCGUUACCUUUGUUAAAGGUGCAAGGUCUCGAUGGGGUUUUAUUAUUUUACAUCAUUUUAAAGAUUUUUCUAUAGUUUUUGAAAUGAUAAAUAUUGUAUAUAUUGUAUGAAGUAUAUUAAACGCCUAGGACACAUUGUAUACCAACUGUUUCUUACCCCAAAUACACACCAAUUUAGUAAAUUUUGAAAUUAUUAACACAUCAAUAAUACGAAAUCAACUAGUUGUUAAUAUUGGAAAAACAAAUCUAAAUAUUUCAUUAUUCUUCAUGUACAUUUUUGCUGUUGAGUGUUUUGGUGGUAAUUUCGGUACUGAAAUUUCUAUAAAAAGUCCCCGUCUUGGCCUGCCCACGAUAUUAUUGUACAUAAUAUACCUCCGAAAGAAUGUUGGCUGUUCGUUUAUGAGUGAUUUCCCAUCAAAAAUCAUCGCCUUAUCCAAUGUAUACGAAAAUAAAACAAACAAAAAUAAUAAAUUGAGAGUAAAAUCAAUACAGAUCAUUGAGAAAAAAUCGUACCUCUGCUGUGUUAAUAAGUAAGAAAGAGAGAGAGAGAGAUAAAGAGGAAUCUUUUAUUGUGUUCUGCUUUUAAUGAAAGUAUAUUAUUAAUAUUAUAAACGAUUAUGGGACGAGAAUACCUCUUAACUAAUUUGGUAACGCAGUGUCCUCUGUAUAGUGUUUUUUGAAACGUGAGCAUUAAAUGCUACAUCUUGUGUACUUAUAUAAA